UCCCCCGCACUGCUCACUCCCGCGCUGCGCUGGCUCCGCCGCCGACUCCCGGUCCUGCGCCGCCGCCUGCUGUGGACUUCCCCGGUGCAGACAUGGCCUCGGGCGCCGCCUGCUCGGCGGUGAAGAUUGGAAUAAUUGGUGGAACAGGCUUGGAUGAUCCAGAAAUUUUAGAAGGAAGAACUGAAAAAUAUGUGGAUACUCCAUUUGGCAAGCCCUCUGACGCCUUAAUUUUGGGGAAGAUAAAAAACGUCGAUUGUGUGCUCCUUGCAAGACACGGGAGACAACACACCAUCAUGCCUUCAAAAGUCAACUACCAGGCAAACAUCUGGGCUUUGAAGGAAGAGGGCUGUACACAUAUCAUAGUGACCACAGCUUGCGGGUCCUUGAGAGAAGAGAUCCAGCCUGGUGACCUGGUCAUCAUAGAUCAGUUCAUUGACAGGACAUCUCAAAGGCCUCAGACCUUCUAUGACGGAACUCAGUGCAGCGCCAGAGGAGUCUGCCAUAUCCCGAUGGCUGAACCGUUUUGCCCCAAAACAAGAGAGGUCCUCAUAGAAACAGCUAAGAAACUUGGACUUCGAUGCCAUUCAAAGGGGACAAUAGUCACAAUUGAGGGGCCUCGUUUCAGCUCCCGGGCUGAAAGCUUUAUAUUCCGUACUUGGGGUGCAGACGUUAUCAAUAUGACCACUGUUCCAGAGGUGGUGCUCGCUAAGGAGGCUGGAAUUUGUUAUGCAAGCAUUGCCAUGGCAACCGAUUACGACUGUUGGAAGGAGCAUGAAGAAGCAGUGUCAGUGGAUGGGGUUUUGAAGACCAUGAAAGAAAAUGCCAAUAAAGCCAAAAGUUUACUCCUUACUACCAUACCUCAAAUAGGGUCAAUGGAAUGGUCAGAAACUCUCCAUAACCUAAAGAACAUGGCCCAGUUUUCUGUUUUACCACCAAGACAUUAAAACAGCAUGGCUGCCAUAAGAAGACUUUCUACUUCUAAUCCAUGGGGGAUUUUGCAUAAAAAUGGGGAAGAUACGCAGCCUUCAAGCCUUUGCCUGGAAAGAAGAGCAUGUGUUAAGAAAGAGAGAGUAUACUGUUAGAGACUCCACUGAGAUACCGACACCUCCAGGACCCAGAAGGAAAGCUAACGGCCAGCAGAAAUGUAAGGGGCAAAGCCCAAGACCGAAUCAGCCUCAUUUCUCCCUAUUAAUUGACAGCAGCGAAGACUGUUGAGAACACCCACUUUCCUACACUGCUAACGAAUAAGCAUGAGCUUGAAAUGUGACUGUCUGGAAAUCGGCGCCAUCUUUCUGGAGGGCAUUUUGUUGGUACAGUGUAUCUGAGGCUUACAAAUAAGUAUUCAAUGCACUUUGGUACUCUAGGAAUUUCUCUUUAAGAAAUUAUGGGAGAAUCAUUCAAAGAAUCAUGUGUAAAGAAGGACAUUACCUGUCAUAGCAAAUCUGAAUGUCAAAAGAAAAAAAAUUACUUAUACCAUGUUUCCGUUAUUCUUAGGCUAUGGAACAAUCAAAUAAGUAUAAAUCAUGUUUGUUUGUUUGUUUAAGUAAGUAUAAUCAAAUAAAAAAGUUGUAAAAAUUAAACUGGAUUUAGAGAACUUUGGAACUCUUAUUGGCGAAACAAUGAUGGCAAUAUAAAUGUGCAGUGUAUGUGAUUCAAGAUAUGUAAGCCAGGUAACCCCUCUCCUCCCAAAAAAAUAAAUAAAGUACUUUGAGGAAUUUGCAUCUUUGCUUAGGGACGAUCUUGGCUCAUCAUACAGUAACAAAGAAGGCAAGUGUUGUAAUUGCUAAGGUGUGUAAAACUCAAACUACUUCCAGGAUUAAGAUAGUGUGACUCAUUACAGUAUAUCAGAUUUUUUUUUAAAUUGCCAUUUGUUUCUACUCCUUUUUAAGAGUUGACAGAUUAUCAGUGGGCAAUGUUUUAUUUUGUUUAAGAAAAAAAAGAAAAAGAAACCAGAAGCCUAACUUUUUGGUUAAUUCUCUAGGAUGCUUUUUGUUAUCUGUCACCAGGAACUCAUAGUGUUUUCCUCAAACUACUGCUGUUACAGGUGCCCUAUGGCUCUCCUACAGAGUCUGUAAAGUGAAUAUGCUUGUGUUUGUGCGACUGACUGCAAUAAAAUAAACUGCUGAUUGUAAGCAAUAAAUGAAGCAGUUGCUCCAGCAUCCAUGUUGAGCACCAGGAUAAGUGCAAUCGUAACGUCUGGCCAUGUUGCAACGCUCCCAUCUCUGGUUAUUAGCCAUCCCUGGAGACUCCCUGAGUUCUGACCAGGGCCCUUGGUUGUUUUUUCUUAGUGUGUUAUUUGCUAGAAAACAGUGCGUUUUCUGUCAGUUUCAUAUACAUAUCAUGUACGUCAAUAUUCGCCCCACAUUAUAUUUUCUUGUGCUCCCCAGUCAUCUCCCUUCUCCCAAAUGAUGCCCCUGAUAUUUUGAUCCACAUUCUGGAUAUGAGAGAAAUGUGAUUGCCUUUGAGUAUGGCUUAAUGUGAUGCCGUCCAAUUCUGUCUACUCCAGUAGUACAAUUCCACUCUCUUCUGACUAAAUAAAAUCCCAUUGUCUGUCAUUACUACAUUCCUUAUCUAUUCAUUUGUUGAUAAACAUGUUGGCUGAUUCUAAAAUUUGGCUGUUCUGGAUAACGUGUUUCAAUAAACAUGUGUUUGCUGACUUCUCAAAUGA